GCCGCCGCCCUCCCCGCAGCCCGCCCGCCCGCCGCGUCUCCGGAGCCGCUGCCGCCGCCGCCGCGUCCGCAGGCUGAGCCCAGGCGGGCCGGCCGCCCCGAACCGCCCCCCGCCGCCGCCGCCGCCGCCGCGCCCCCGCGCCCCCGCCCGGCCCGCUCCCAACGGAAAGUUGGGCUGCGGCGGGUGGCGUCUGGAACCCGCGGGCCGGCAUGAGCGGGGUCCGCGGGGGCGCCUAGGGCACCGGGAGGCGGCGCCGCGCGGGGGCAACUUCACCCGGGAGCCCACGCCGCCGGGCCCCGCGCCUGCAGCCCCGAGCGGGCUCGCGGUGGUUCCUCCCGUCCCGCGGCCUCCCCCCGCCGACUCCAGGCGCGGACCUUGGUCCCGGCGGCUCCGCGGCGGUGACACGAGCCCGCGCCGCCGCCGCUGCCGCCGCCGCCGCCGCCGCCUCCUCAGCCCCCGCCGCCGCCUUCCCCGCACCAUGGAGUUCUCCGAGAGGAAAAGAAGCAGGAAAUCCCAGAGCUUCAAACUGGUGAGCCGAGAUUAUCACCAUGAGGUGUAUAAGAUCCCAGAAUUCAGCAACGAUGUUAAUGGGGAGGCCAAAGAGACACAACCCAUUUUUUUAGGAGAUGAAAGCAUGGAAAUAAAAAAGCAAAUUACAGGGAUGAGAAGAUUGCUGAAUGACAGCACUGGGCGGAUCUAUCAGCGAGUUGGCAAAGAAGGAGAGAAACUAAAAGAAGAGCCCCAGGACCUGGAUUUAGCCUGGCCUCCGCGUUUGAACUCCUCUGCUGAGGCCCCGCAGAGCCUCCACCCGUCUUCACGUGGUGUGUGGAAUGAGCUACCACCCCAGAGUGGACAGUUCUCAGGGCAGUAUGGCACCCGUUCUAGAACCUUCCAAAGCCAGCCCCACCCUACUGUGAGCUCCAAUGGAGAACUUCCAGUGGUGAAUUCAUCAGCUGGAUCAAACUGCUGUACUUGUAACUGCCAGUCAACAUUGCAGGCCAUUCUACAAGAACUCAAGACCAUGAGGAAAUUAAUGCAAAUUCAAGCAGUUGGAACUCAAAACAGACAACAACCCCCAAUUUCCCUUAUAUGCUCCCAGCGAACUGCUGUCUCACGAAAGAGAAAUAAAAAGAAAAAAGUGCCCCCAAAGACUGUGGAACCUCUUACUGUGAAACAGAAGCCCAGUGGGUCAGAGAUGGAGAAAAAGGCGGUGGUGGCCUCUGAGCUAUCUGCUCUCCAGGCAGCCGAGCACACCUCCCCGGAGGAGAGCCGCGUUCUAGGAUUCGGCAUUGUUCUGGAAUCACCUUCCUCAGAUCCAGAAGUACAACUUGCUGAAGGCUUUGACGUGUUUAUGCCUAAAUCUCAGCUGGACUCUAUAUUGUCAAACUACACUCGCUCAGGAAGCCUUCUGUUUAGAAAACUGGUGUGUGCGUUUUUUGAUGACAAGACUUUGGCUAACUCCUUACCCAAUGGGAAGAGGAAAAGAGGACUCAAUGACAACCGGAAAGGACUAGACCAAAAUAUUGUGGGUGCAAUAAAAGUCUUCACAGAAAAGUACUGUACAGCUAACCAUGUGGAUAAGCUUCCUGGCCCAAGAGAUUGGGUACAGAUUCUACAGGAUCAAAUUAAACUGGCCAGAAGAAGGUUAAAAAGAGGCUCAGAGAUUGCGGACAGUGAUGAAAGACUGGAUGGCAUGUCUCUACCACCAACAGGCUGUCCUCUCCCACCUCCUCCAGACGGCCUUGGAGCCUUGAGCAGUCAAUCAGUGGACACCCAAUGAAUACUGUUUUAACUAAGCGAUUUGAACAAGCCCAGCCAUCCAGCGUGAGUGGCACAUUCCUAAUACCAGGACCAGAUCAGCUGAAGACACCCUUCCAUGGAAGCAUUUGCUGCACGCUGUUGUGUUAAGCCAUAGACAUAAUUCCAACUUCAUAUUAUUUGACUCUCAAGUAAUGCUUCUGACCCUGGCUUCCUACGUGUGUAUGGGUUCAUAUCUGAGAGCCAGAGGGGCAGGUGUCUGAUCAGUGAGCCUUGUGGAAAACAAUUUAUCCCCUCCAUUGGUCACAGGACUCUACUGACUUCCCUCCAAAGGAUAUCUGAAGAUUCUCUGCCCACAAAACCCAGGUACCCCCAAAAACCCUCUUACUGAAAAAGCUCAACCGAAUGUUUUUUCCUCUAGAUUUGGGGUUGUCUAUGUUCAUUAAAUUCAGCAAAUAUUAGUGGAGUCUCUAGGCUGUGUAGGAACUUGACUAGGCCAUGUAUUCAUUGAUAGCACAUAUCCCAAAAUGGCAAGGAAAGCCACGUUCACAGACAUAGGAUGGGCGUGUGUUAGUGAACUUCAGAGCUUCAGAGCAACAGGGAAAUUCAGCCAUGUGAGAGACACAUUGCUUCCUCUGACACUGAGUAGCUAAGCAACAGAUCAAUGGACAGAUAAAGGAAAUGAGCUACAUAGUGCAAAAAGAUCUGCCUACAUCAAGUUCUUCCCAUAUAGAGUCAUUAUAUAAAAGAGAUUUCUCUUCUUCUUUGGCUGUGUUUUCACAUUUGUGAAUUAAGAGAAUUGAAAUACGUGAUCUCUGUUGUUCCUUCCCAAUUUGUCAUUCUCUGACUGUCAGGGCAGUCAUAUCAGCCUCAUUCUUAUCACCUGGGCCCAAUCCCAGCAGAUCCAUGAAAUCCUAAUCAUAAUAGACCUAGCCUUCAAAAGGCCCUUCAGGGGAGCACCAUGCCUUUCUAGCUGUGCUUCCCAAGUGCCCUCCCACCCCGGGCAUCUGCACUGCCAGUCCUCCUGUGUCAUGUGACACAGUGAGCUUUUAUUAUUUGAAAACCACUCCCCUUGAAGUUUAUAUUCACCCCCAAGUGGUGAGUACGGAAUGCCUUUGUAUUUUCCUAUCUGAAGUUGGAGAUACAUUUCCAAUGAGAAAAUUGAGCUCAGAGGGUGCUAGAAGAGCCUCAUGGAACUGAAAAAAAUGUCAAGGAAUCUGAGAAUGAGAAGGAACUUGAGAGAUCCUCUAGUUCAAUCCCUUCUUUUUAUCCAGUCCUUUUAUUUUACAGGAAAAAAAGCCUGAGGCCCAGAAACAUUAAGUGGCUUUCCCACAGCCUCACAGCUGGUUGACGGCCUGGCCGGAACCGAGGUCCCUCGACUCCCAGCCAUGAUACCGUAUAGCUUUCUCAUACCUAAACCAAAGCCAGCUUUUCUCUGCAUGUUUCUUAAAGAUCCUAAGAGAUGACGGAUGUGCUAAUCCCUUUAGGGGUGCUCUUCACUGUCUCAGUCUUCACAAUUAAAAUGUUCGUCGUCAGUCGGCCCGGUUCACUGCAGCUGAAACUCAUUUCUUCCAGUCUUUUCUCAAACUUUAGCCAAGGCUGUGAGGUCAUAAUGAAGAAACUAGUAUAACACACCUGCAGAUCUUUUCAUUAAACUAUUGAUAGAUAUUUGAUACAAAUCACUAAGCAGCAUGAUAAAUAAAAACGUUUAUCAUUUAGAAAAGAGGAAAAGAGGCCGGGCGCGGUGGCUCACACCUGUAAUCUCAGUACUUUGGGAGGCCGAGGCGGGCAGAUCACGAGGUCAGGAGAUCAAGACCAUCCUGACUAACACGGUGAAACCCCAUCUCUACUAAAAAAUAUACAAAAAAUUAGCCAGGCAUGGUGGCGGGCGCCUGUAGUCCCAGCUACUCCGGAAGCUGAGGCAGGAGAAUGGCAUGAUCCCGGGAGGCGGAGCUUGCAGUGAGCCGAGAUCGCGCCACUGCACUCCAGCCUGGGUGACAGAGUGAGACUCCAUCUCAAAAAAAAGGAGGAAAAGAAGUCUCAGAUUGGUGCUCAAAUUUUGCAGUAAUAAAAGUAAAUAAUCUUGAUAUUCACCUUGAUAGCGUGUCUCUUGAUUGCCUCCAAAGUAAAAUCCCCAUUCUGGUUGGCUUCUUUGAAUGCAGUGCUGCUCCUAACACCCCUCCUCACAUGUACCCUUUAAGAACUCCACCUUUCUUGUACAUGUGGUUUCAUCCUUGAACUUGAGCCUCACUGGUCCAAACCACAGGAUCCACCAAGGGCUCUGAUACAGACUCUCAUUAUCCCAUUUAUCUGAGCUAGCAACAGUUAGUUCUUCUUAAAGAUUCAACAAUGCUUUUAUUACUUUUUUAAGGUCUUUUUUCCUUCUUCCAAAAUUGUGUCUUUGGGGGAGGGCCAGGGAAAGGGGUGUAAAUGCUUAAGUGUUUCUAUGAACCAGAAGUGACUAGGGUAGGGUUACCGGCAGGUCCAAUGACAUUUGUUUGGAUGCAUUACAUUUAAGCAACCUUUCGUUCAUCAGGUUUUAACAGAAAUGGAUUCACCUUCUAUAGUGCAUCUAUCUUAUUUCCCCUUAACCCUAUUCACUAAGCCUUUUUGAGCAACUACCAAGUAUCAGCCCUGUGUUGGGUGCUGGUGUACGAAUGCCCUCAGACUAGUGUGAGAGGCAGAAGGAAUUACAUAAAUGCUACAGCGCAGAUGUGUGGAGAGGGCCUGGGGCUCAAGAAAAGCCACCCAGGAGCUGGGGACAAUUUGCAUUAAAAAAAAAAAAAAAGUAUAGAGAAAGUGAAAUCAAAACAGUGCUUUCUAAAAUUUAAAAUGGGGCUUCCAAAUUUGAAAUGGGGAUGUUCAUCUAGAUUUAGCAAUUGUCAUAAAUUAGCAUUUUACAUACUUUUAAAAAAUUAAUAAAAGUGUAAGGAAGAACAUUUCAAUUGCUUUUACUACCCACAGACAACCAUUAUUGGAUGAUUUUUCACAAAUGUUUCUCCAUUUUUUUUAUUUAUACGGUGGAGAUAAAAUAUGUAAAAUUUUGUUUCCUACGUGUUUUUUUAAUUUUUACCUGACAAGCAUUUUUCCACUUUAUGGCAAAUCUUCAUAUGCAUUAUUUUAAUAGCUGCAUAAUAU